UAUAGGCUGAUGCAAAUAUUUUUUCGAAUUUUAUACCUAUCACUACUCUAAUUUGUGUACGACGCGGCACAAAUAGAGUGAGAGCAAUGGGAGAACCGGAGUACACACUGGAGGGAAGCGGGUCAUUGCCUCCUCUUAACUGAAACCGGUUCGUGAACGUUUGUCAUAUCGGAAUUUAUUUCGUUUUGUUUAUGAAAAGGAGGGAACUGCUUGUCAAGCUGUUCGAAGUAUGUAACAAUGUCAAUUCAGUGGCACAAUUGCACUCUCAGACUCUCAAAGCCGGCUUUGCCCAUGACAGUUUCUUUGCCGUCAAACUCACCUCCCUCUAUUCGAGAUAUACCCGUCUUCAGCACGUACGCAAGCUGUUCGACGAAACGCCCCACAGAACCGUCCAUCUCUGGAACGCUGUACUCGGUAGUUAUUCUAGAGAGAAGCGAUGGGAGGAGACUUUGCAUCUCUUCCAUCACAUGAUAUCUAAUGGAAUUUCCACCGAGGAAAAACCUGAUAAUUUCACAAUACCCAUUGCUUUAAAGGCCUGCGCGGGGUUGCGGGCGCUUGAAUAUGGCAAACUGAUUCAUGGGUUUGUGAAGAAGAAUGCUUGGGUUGGCAUGAACAUCUUUGUGGGUUCUGCAUUGAUUGAAUUCUACUCCAAAUGUGGACAAUUGGCUGAAGCUUUAAGAGUACUCGAGGACUUUUCUAGACCGGAUGUUGUUAUGUUUACUUCGAUGGUUUCUGGCUAUGAACAAAAUGGUUUUCCUGAAGAAGCGAUUGCAUUUUUCUCUCGACUGGUGAUGGUGGAGUGCGUUAAUCCUGAUUCAGUGAUGCUUGUCAGUGUGGUUUCUGCUUGUUCUCAGUUGUUGAAUUUUAAGCUUGGAAGCUGUGUACAUGGUUUUGUAAUUAGGAGGGGUUUUGACGCUGAAUUGUCUUUGGUCAACUCAUUAUUGAAUUUAUAUGCAAAGACUGGUUCGAUCAGAAUUGCAGCUAAUUUGUUCAGGAGGAUGCCAGAAAAAGAUAUAAUAUCAUGGAGCUCAAUGGUCGCUUGUUUUGCUCAUAAUGGUGUUGCUAUUGAGGCAUUAGAUCUUUUCAAGGAAAUGAUUGAUAGGGGAAUCGAACCAAAUUCAGUUACUCUGAUCAGUGCAUUACAAGCAUGUGCAGAUGCCUGUAAUUUAGAAGAUGGUAAGAAGAUCCAUGAACUUGCUGCUUGGAAAGGUUUUGAGUUGGACGUCUUGGUUUCCACAGCUCUAAUUGAUAUGUAUAUGAAGUGCUUCUUACCUGACAAAGCAAUGGAUGUAUUCAAACGAAUUCCCAAGAAAGAUGUGGUUUCCUGGGCUGCUUUGUUAGGUGGGUAUGCUCACAAUGGAAUGGCAUACAAGUCAAUGGAACUCUUCCGUGAUAUGCUAUCCAAUGAAACACAACCUGAUGCUGUUGCUAUGGUGAAAAUUCUGGCAGCUUGUUCAGAAUCAGGGAUUCUCCAGCAAGCUGUUUGCCUUCACGGAUAUGUAAUUGCAAGUGGCUUUAAUAACAACAUUUUUGUAGGUGCUUCACUCAUAGAGUUGUACUCAAAAUGCGGUAGCAUAAAUAGUGCGACAAAAGUAUUUGAAGGGAUGAUAAACAAAGAUGUUGUUAUUUGGAGUGCGAUGAUUGCAGGUUAUGGAACUCAUGGGCAAGGCAGAAAAGCUUUAGCAACAUUUGAUCUAAUGGUUAAGAGUGCGGCAGUUAGGCCAAAUCAUGUAACACUUCUCUCAAUUUUAUCUGCUUGUAGCCAUGCAGGUUUGGUUAAAGAAGGGAUGGAGAUAUUUAAUAGGAUGUCACUUGAACACCAACUGAAGCCAAACUCGGAACAUUAUGGGAUAAUGGUUGAUCUUCUCGGCCGGACGGGACAGUUAGAUAAGGCCAUGGACAUUAUUAACCACAUGCCAACUCCAGCUGGGCCCCAUGUUUGGGGAGCCCUUCUGGGUGCUUGUCGAAUCCAUCACAAUAUUGAGAUGGGAGAGAUCGCUGCAAAGAAUCUUCUGCAGUUAGAUCCUAGUCAUGUGGGGUAUUACAUACUGCUAUCACAUAUUUAUGCUGUGGAUGAGAGAUGGCAUGAUGCGGCAGAAGUUAGAACUCAAAUAAAGGAGAAGGGGCUGAAGAAGAUCUUUGGCCAAAGUGUGGUUGAGAUAAGGAAUGAGGUCCGUAGUUUUGUAGCUGAUGACAGAUUCCACCCGGACUUUGAGCAGAUUUAUGGUUUUAUGAGAAAUUUGGAGGUGAUAAUGAGAGAGGAUGGCUAUGUUCUUGAUGGCACAGUUUAUGUUACAUGAAGUGGCGAAAGCUUCCUCUGCGCCUCCAUCUCCAGUUCCACAUCCUCUCCAAGACCAGUGGAGCUCAUCCAAAGCAAAACCACGAACCAG